GUGCUCAUUCAAGAGAAUAGGGUUUUUAACCAAAAUUAGAAGUUUACAACCAGCAGACUGUACCAUACAAGCUUCCGAAUCAGGAGGCGUCACCGCCGACCACCGUCUAGCGGUAUAGUUUGGCAUAUUAAACACUACACUUGGCCGAAGUCCGCCCUGGAUCUGGCAGCUGUGUGUGUUUGUGCGUUUAUUUUAAUUUUAAUAAGGAUCUGUGUGAUUUUGCGGCGCCUCUGAAGGGUUGUGUUGUGCUUAUGGUAUAAUUUAGGGAUUGUUUUGUGUCACAUUCGAAAUUGAAAUCACAUUUUUCACUUUAUUCCAAUUGUACUUGCUUUGAAAUUUUGGUUAAUACAGCCUUGUGAAUUGACGAAAGUUGAGCUGAUCCAUUAUUGAAUAUCAAUUCAUUCUAAAAUAUCCGCGAUGCAACACAAAAAGGUUGCGGUGGUGAACAACCAUGGCGAGAAGCUAGUGGGAAUAUUACAUGAAGCUGGUACUAAGGAGCUUGUAGUUGUUUGUCAUGGUUUCAGGUCCUCAAAGGAUCGCAUUCCCAUGGUGACCCUUGCUGUUGCUUUUGAGAAAGCAGGAAUUAGCGCUUUCCGUUUUGAUUUUUCUGGCAAUGGUGAAAGUGAGGGUUCAUUCCAAUAUGGUAACUACCGUAGGGAAGCUGAUGAUUUGCACGUUGUAGUUGAACAUUUUCGUCAGAAUGGAUAUUUCAUAGCAGCAAUUAUUGGGCACAGCAAAGGAGGGAAUGCUGUGCUUUUGUAUGCAUCAAAGUAUAGGGAUAUACCGGUGGUUGUUAAUAUUGCUGGCCGCUUUAAUCUUAAGAGAGGGAUUGAAGGCCGUUUGGGGAUAAAUUAUGUGGACAAAAUCAAACAAGAUAGAUACAUCGAUGUUAAAAACAGGAGAGGGAGAGUUGAGUAUCGAGUAACCGAGGAAAGUUUGAGAGACCGCCUUACAACCGAGAUUGGCACGUCAUGUCAAGCUAUUCCACCAAACUGCAGGUCAGGAAUUUUGUGUAUAUUCAGUCUGUUCGAUAGAGGUAAAUCUGUUUAAAAUGACCGAGUGAGCUUGAAUUGAAAUGUUGUCGCUGAAAUGUUUGAAUAAUAUUGUGCUGAAUUAUUAAAAAUGUGUAUGAAAAGUUUUUUUUAAAUAAGCCAAAGAAAUUAAUAUUCAAAAAAUGGUAGGCUCAAUAGUGGAAUACGAAUAGGGUUCUUUUUUUUCUAAGAUAUCAAAACUCAAAAGGAUUCCAAAGCAAUCAAUUAGCGGCUCAGCCUCUGCGCCUCCUCUGCCAAAAGCCGAAGUCCGGACAACAUCGGUCGUUCAAAAAUUCAGCCACCUCAUUACCUAAACUCCCAAACCAGGUUUGUAAAAUAUAUUCCUAAUAUUUAUAUCCUCAAAUUUUUACUUUUUAGUUGGAUUCAUGGAUUGAACUUGAACUCUUGAAGUAUCGAACUAUAUUUUUUUUUUGCUAUAAAGCAAUACUACGUAGGAGUACACUAGUAGUCAUGUAUGGUACUAUGUAUAAUAUUAUAAUUGUAUUCAUUAAUCAUUACUAUUUUUUGUGUUAAUUUCAAAUUAUGGUUGAAUAAGACUAAAGAGAGUACCUUAAAUUCUUAGAACAUGGUAGUAAUUACUAAUUAGUGUACUAGUGCGUUUUAAAAUACCAUUUAGACAUUUUUGUUGCAUGACGUAUCAGACUUUGAUUACUAUUUCUUUUUUGUCAUGAACUUACUGUUGGAGUAAUGAGAUAUUUAUUUUAAUGUCACAAUGUGUCUAUUUUGAUUUUCUUUUAUGUACUACGGAGUAUAUGUUUUUUAUGAUCUAAAAGUUAGUAUAUUAAAUUAAGCAUUUAAAAUUAGGUCCGUUUUUUAACCCGAAUUUUUCAAAGGGAUGUCGUAUUAUUCACGUAUAUGUACUUAUACGUUUUUUAAAAGUCAACGAUUUUUUCGCCGAAUUUUUGACCGUAUUUUUUCCCAAUUUACCGAAUAAAACACGUACGUAAUAAAUCACGUUUAAUUCCCGUACCGUUUUUAACUAGGAUAUAUGCUUGAUAAGCCAAAAGAGGAGGGGUACCUAUAGCAUGCUCUUGAUGUUUAUGAACUUUUGCAAGCAAAAUAAAUUCAAUGACAAGAUAAAACAAUUUCCACCAGGGUAUUUACCAUUCAUGGUUCUGAGGAUGAAAUGGUGCCCGUUGAAGAUGCUUAUGAAUUUUCCAAGUACAUCCCAACACACACGUUGCACAUAAUCGAAGGAGCGGAUCAUGAAUUUACCUCACACCAACAAGAGUUAGCUUCUCUGGUAGCAGCCUUUGUCAUGUCUACCCUUCCCAACCAACAAACAACCAAGCUGUCCGAAUCAUAUGUCGGAACGAGAAGUGCAGUUCAUUCACGACUCUGAUCCUGUAUGCUCUUGAUUUCAUGCUUUGGCCUUUUCACCAAGCCUUUGUCAUGUCUACCCUUCCCAACCAACAAACAACCAAGCUGUCCGAAUCAUAUGUCGGAACGAGAAGUGCAGUUCAUUCACGACUCUGAUCCUGUAUGCUCUUGAUUUCAUGCUUUGGCCUUUUCAGCAACACACUAUGGUGUGAAAACUAUUAAUGAACAGUGUUGGGACCAGGUUCUUUCCCAAUUCUUAUGAGCAGCGUGGGGAUCGAGUUAUUUUCCAAUUCUGUUAGUUGCUAGUUGGAGAUGACAUUACAUGGUACUCCGUAAAUAAUCACAUUAGUGAACUGAACUUGGACAUUAUAGCAUUAAUGCAUUAUUAAAUGUAAGGAUAUUUUUACUUGGACUGUAAUUUGCUGGUCUGGUCUGAACUGGUUUGGUUUGGUCUGUUUUUUUGUAUUUUUAUAACUACCUAAGUCUGGCCUGUUCUGAUCUGGUCUGGGAUAGAUUACAGUCCAAGUAAAAACAUCCUAAGUAUUAAAUUGUUUUUUUUGUUUUUAAAACUAUUACUAAAAUAAAACUUAUUUACACUGAUAUGACUAAUAGUUAGUUCAAUGUGGUGCCGUAGUAACUUAAGUUGUAAAGUUGAACAUAAGUUACUACUAUCCUCCGUUCCAAAUUAGAUGCAACAUAACCCAAUGGCACACAAAUUAAGAAAGAGCCAUAAAGUAACUUUUUCCCUAUUCUACCCUUCUGCUGCAAGAGCUUCUCAGCUUCUUUAAGAGUUACUGCUAUCUUGGACCUUGGUGUUUUAUUCGGUCUUCACGGAAGCUCCUAGACCACAUAAAAUUAAUUUGUGUUAUCCUCACACAAGAUUUAUUGUUGUAACUUCAAGCGAACAGACAAGAUGAAAAGAAAGAAGAAAUUGGAGGAAAGAAAUCUCCGGCACAACAGUGAGCUUCUAUCUAACCGGAGAUCCCUGAGUCGUCGGUGCAAUCGGGCAGGUGGUGUCGCCGGAGAAAGUGAAGGACCUACUCUGUUCUGCUGCUACUUUCGUUGCUGGAGAUUUUUAGGCUGUUUAUGCUUGGGUUGUGAACAAAGCUUUUAAGCGUCCAUUAAUGGAGGAUCUCCGAGUUUGAGCUCUAAUAGCCGAAGGAAUUGACUAGGACGAUGGUAAUUGUGGCCUAGGCUUUCUUUCAGAAUUGUUCUUGUUGGAUUUUCUGUAAAUGGGAUGAAUUUUCGGAUUAAAGAAUGGAGGAAAGGGUGAAGGAGUAACAGUAGACCUAGGAAUGCGAGAUGGAAGAAAUUGGAAUGAGGAAUAAGAGUUGGUGGGCAGAUGGCUGAAAAAUUGGGCGGAAGGAAUUUGUGGCUCAGUAGUACAAAAUAUUAUUUUAUUGGAUUUAAGGGUAAUAUAGUCAUUAUGAUUAUUUCUUAUUACAAAAAAAGGCAAUGUUGCAAUUAUUUUGAAACUACUAAAAAAGAAAAGUGUUGCAACUAAAAAAGAACGGAGGGAGUAUGAUUCUAUUACUACUAUAGUCUCUAGUCACAUUUUUGUAAGAAAUAUUUAUUUUAGUUAUAAAUACUUAAUUAUUUCUAUUAAGUUGUGUCUUAUCAGGGUUCUAAAAGCGUUGGGGUGGGGUAGGGGGGUCUUGGCAGUACACUGAAGUGUAUGCCUAUGCGGGCCUUGAGCAAUGACUAGCAAAUUUGAAUCUGCUAUACGCAUUGUGAGUUGAAUAUGUAUUGUGAUAUUUACUCUGUAUGAAGGAGAGAGAGCACUCACUACAAAAAACAGUCCGUUGAAUAUGGAUUUUGCAGUUUAAUGGGGAUGAACUGUAGUUAUCCUCGUUGGCUUUUACAGUGGUUGUCUACGUGGCAUGGACGCGGUCCGGGGCGUGACACAAUCAUAUACUACCUCCGUCCCCCUGUUAUUGUUCCAUUGCAGUUUAUAAUGCUUGACCGACGAUAAAGCAAACAGAUUCCUGUCUGCACUCAAAUUAUUUUUAGAAAAAGAAUUACAUAUUCAAAAACUACACUAAAAGCUUUACAAAGUCGCAAAUACAUGAAUCAAAUUUGAUAAAAAUUUGAAACAUAAAAUAAGAGAUUAAAAGUGAUCUGUGUUGACCACGUGAAUAGGAAAAGAGAUAAUAACAGGGGGACGGAGGGAGUAUGAAUUAGCCGUUUGGAGAAGCAUAAAUGGGCUGGUAAGCCUGAAUAUACAAAAAAAUCACCAAACACCCAUUAAGUGGGCUGAUUUGGGUGAUUUUUUGGCUGAAUUCUAUUAUUAUACAGUUAGCCAUUUAAAAGACGGAGAAAAAAAUUAAAUUAUCCUGAACUUUAGGUAUGUGUGAUAUCUCUACCCUAAACUUGUAUGUGUGAUAUCCUUUAACUAACAUGAGUAACAGCUACCCUACCCUAAUUAGAAGUAUUUAUUUUGAAUUUUAGCUUACAUUCUGCAAUAUCUACCUGACAAAUACACAUCCACGCUGGCUUUUAUCCCUGAUGCAUCUUCCUUUCAACAUCGAUGCAUCUCCUUUACUGUAUUCGUCUCUCACAAUAUAGAAAAAACCCUAGUUUCUGGGCCAUGGCAUGAAAGAACUAGCGAGCGUAAAGAAGAUGAACGACCGUUACUCAGCACGAAGAGGCAUGUCUGUCAGCUGAAGCUUGUCGUUAGGAAAAGAAGGAUUAGGGAAUUCAAGUGAAAAUGUAAAGUAUUGUUAUCACAAUAUCCCUGCUAAUCUUCAAAUUACAUCAAAGGAAGGAAAGAACCAUGGUCGACCAUUUCAGAGAAAUGGAAACGAGAAGAUUAGCUGAUGACUGCUCGAGUUAUAUGUUUCCGAAAAGGCAAGAAGAGAAAGAAAUGCUUCAGGUGGAAGUGGAAAAACUAAAAGAGAAGAACAAAAAUGUUAAGAAGAAAUUGUUGAUGGUGGAAGCUGGGUUGGAGAACAUGAAAGGCACUCAUUGAUAUUCGUGUAAUUUCCGAUUGUAUGUUUGUAUUUUUAACUAGUUUUUAUUAGUUGUAGUUGUGGAAAUUACACACUUUUGGUGUAAUAUUUUAUUUUCAUAUUUAUUUGUAAUUUGUUUAGAUUAGGAUUAUUCUGAGCUAAACAGGUCAAAGAUCAUCAAAGGGAUCAAGAUUGGACCUUAAAAGAUCAAGGAAAGUGCAAGGAGACAAGAAAGAUUUCGAUUUGGAAAAAAUACUCAUGUACCCGGUCGGGUAUUGCCUAUACCCGAUCGGGUAAUUGCUUGAUUCGACUGUCCAAAUCAAAUCCGAAGACAAAUGAUCGUGGGAGCAAAUUUUCAUAAAGAUUUGUCACAUACCCGAUCGGGUAUAUACCCUUACCCGAUCGGGCAAUUUCCUGAGAUACCCGAUCGGGUAUCCUAUAUACCCGAUCGGGUAUCAGACCCUGCAACUCCCAAAAGCCUAUAAAUACACCCCUUUCCUUCACAAUAAAAGGACCAAUUCACAUAUACUCUUUAGCUCAGUUUAGAUUAGUGUUUUCUUUAUAUUUUCUAUCAUGUUUAGUCUCCAAAUGAGGAGCUAAACUCUUCCAUCUUGGUUUUGCUACUUUGAAGCUUAAUGAAUUUGUAAGUUGUGAGUUAUUCUCUUUAAUCUUCUUCCUUGAAUAUUAAUUCUUCCUUUAAAUACUAUUUCUAUAUCAAUGUUGGGGAGUGUUACUAAGAUGACAAUUAGUUAACAUCUUGACAUUAGUUAUAGUAAUAAUUAUUUCUUCCUCUACGUUAAUAUUGGGGAGUGUUACUAAGAUGACAAAUAGUUAACAUCUUGAUAUUAACUAUAGUAGGAUUCAUCUUCUUUAAUAUUCUUUCUUGAGUAUUAAUUAAUUCCUAUUCAUAUUUCAUAUUAAUAUUUUGAACAUUACUUAAAGGAUCAACUAGUUUUGUUUCAUAUAUUAAUUAAUACUAGAAUCGGUCGAUUAAUACGCUUGUUAUUAAUUCGGUCCUUUCAUGGUAGUAAACUUGGAUUAUUAAUGCAUGCAUCUCAUGGUUAAUAAUCUAAGGGGAAUUAAUUAUAUUGAUUAAACCAAUAAACCGCUUGUGUUGAGGUUAUCAACCCCAAUCGUUUUCAUCUUAAGUUUAUUGCUACUAUCAAGUUAAUAUACGGCGCUUGUUCUAUAUUGACUCGAUAGUAAGUUUUAUUAAUGAACGCUUCUCGUUAUUAAUAACUACCCUCGAUGAACUGGAUAUACUCCUCGAUUGAGUAUUCGAGAGGAAGAUAGUUAAAGAUAUAACCGGGAUCGACGAACAUUUCAUUAAGUGGAUAAAAGCAAAGCCAAGUCUUCUUCUCAUUAAUUAAACUCAUUUAAGUCAUUCAUCUUAGUGUUAAUUAAAUCAAAUCAAAUCUAAAACCCCCUUUGUUACUAGUUAAUUAAAAAGAGAAAUAUUCCUUUCCCUGUGGAUACGAACCUUACUUCGCUAUACUACGUAUUUGUGUCGUAUUGAUAUUUAUUUUGAGUGCACCUCACGACAAGUGCACGUCAAAUUUGGCGCCGUUGCCGGGGAAAGACAAUUAUUUUUCUUUUUAUUUUAUCUCAUAAAAAUAAAAAAAAAAAUAAAAAACUUAGUUUUCUAUUUUCUGAGCUUUCAUGAGUAUAUGGAUAUCAACACAUCAUCUCUAGAGAGUCAAAUUUCCGACUUGACUUCUCUAAUAAAGGAGUUUAUUUCAUGUUCAAAAUCUCAAGAUGUCCAUACAUGCAACAUUUGCAUGUCACACAGGCAUCUUACGGAUUUUUGCCCAGAGCUUCAAAAAGAAUACUUUGAACAAAGGAAUGAUGUUGGUUUCCAAGAGAGGUAUGAUUCAUUCUCCAACACAUAUAACCCAUACUCAAGUUCUUAUUCCAGCAUGUCCACUGAAGACAUGAUCCGAGCUCUCACUAUCAAUGUGACGAAUAUGCAACAAAAUAUGUCACAAUGCCCGCAAGAAACAGUGUCCAACGAACAGAACUUGGACAAUCAGUUGAAACAAAUGCCAAGCAUUGUGGACCACAUGGGCGAGGAGGAGAAAGAAGAGGAGCUUACGGAGAAAGCUCAACCGGAGGAGGAACCUCAAAACUCAACUCCACCACCGGCCAUUCCUGAAAUCAUGCCACCAUUUCCUGAGACUCUAAGGAAAACACAAAGGGUGGAGAACGACAAAGACAUCUACGAAAUCUUCAGCAAUUGUGAGUAUCAUUUAGAUUUCUCUUCGUUCACAAAUAUGCAGGGAAUAACGGUGGAGUUACGCAAACAUUUCAUACUCCCUCUUAUACCACCCAGAUCAAAACCCCUUCGAUUGACCAUGCUAAGUGAAAAUCAUGGACCCUCACUCUUACAAUAUGAAGUGAUAGAAAUCCGGAUAUUUGAUCCUGGAAAGAUUGUCAAAAUAAAGGGUCGACAAAUUGAGCCUUUCUAUAAGAGUCACUCGGGUGAAAAUGUGAAGAAGAGGGAUCAUCACGAUCCAAGCCUAAACGACUGAAAUUAAAAAAGAUGGUGUCGUGCCACGACGUUAAAUAAGGCGCUUUUUGGGAGGCAACCCAAGUGAGGUACAUCAUUGUGUGUCUAUUUUUUUUCCUUUUUCUUUCCCCUACACAACCUCCUUUUCACCUCUUUUCAUCUUUAAUCUUUCAAAAUAUCAUCCAAUUCCACCCCAAUCACCCCAACCCUCAUAAUCAUAUCCUUCUUUCUUUAAAAUCUAUCCAAAUCCUCCACCAAACCCCACACACAAAACAAUCAUAAUCUUGUUCUCAUCACUUUCCUCUUACUCCACAUACCCUCUAAUCCAUAAACUCUUACACUCACCCCUCUCCCAAACCACAAUUUUAUAUCUUUAAAAAAAACCCAAAAAAAAAGUGAUGGCGAUAACGAGCACUAGGGACAAUGCUCCGAGCUAAGUGAGGGGGAGUCACUCAUUGGUACGCAAUUAAUUUUUCUACCUUGUAACUUGCAUUAUUUUUUUUCACAAAAAAAAAAAAGAGAAAUGCUAGUUAGGUUGAAAACCCAAAAAUGGGCAAUCUGAGCAAAAAGGGCUUAUAAAAAAAAUGAGUGAGUUGGAAAGGAUGGAAAAACAAAAAGAGAUGCUAGGAUGAAAACCUGAAAAGGCUCCUAGGCAAAAUGAGAGAUAUGAGAGAUAUAUUUGUUUUUGCAGAGCAUCAUUUAAUCUCUUGACGGAAAAGAAGAAUAAAAGAGGUGAAGAAAAAAAUGAGCAUAGAAGGCCAUGAAACCCAAGAAGAUGUUAUUUUUUUUAUUGAGCUAAAAACUCAAUGUAAAAAAAUAAUGUUUUAUCCUUGGUGGUCUUUUGCUUUUUCUUGUUGAUUGUUGAACUUUUGAGGAUUUGGAAGUGUUAAGCAUUUGACUUUAAUCGAGGACGAGUAAAGAAGCUAAGUGUGGGGGAGUUGAUAUUCGUGUAAUUUCCGAUUGUAUGUUUGUAUUUUUAACUAGUUUUUAUUAGUUGUAGUUGUGGAAAUUACACACUUUUGGUGUAAUAUUUUAUUUUCAUAUUUAUUUGUAAUUUGUUUAGAUUAGGAUUAUUCUGAGCUAAACAGGUCAAAGAUCAUCAAAGGGAUCAAGAUUGGACCUUAAAAGAUCAAGGAAAGUGCAAGGAGACAAGAAAGAUUUCGAUUUGGAAAAAAUACUCAUGUACCCGGUCGGGUAUUGCCUAUACCCGAUCGGGUAAUUGCUUGAUUCGACUGUCCAAAUCAAAUCCGAAGACAAAUGAUCGUGG